UCUUUCUUCGUUUGUAAUCGUGGUAAUAUUACGCACGCUGAUCCUUUGCGUACAAAAAUUGAAAUUAAAAGUGUCUUUUAAAAGAAAAGGGAUAAAUUUUCUUUUAUAAUUAUUUAUUUAUUUGUUUUUAGAUUUUGUUCUAUUCUUUAUUUAUAAAAAAUAAAAUUCUAAAAAGUAUCAUAAAUUUUUAAAAAAAGAAAAAAUUAUUUUGCAAGUGUGUAUGUGUGUGUGUGUAAAAGUUAUAAUUUCAAAUUGCAAUUAUAGUUUUAAAAAAAGUGGUGUGUAUAUUUUUUGGUUCCUUUAAAGAAAGAAGUUUCUCGUCUGCUUAUAAAUAUAUACAGUUUUUUUUCGAAAGGUUCACAAAAUUUUUGAAUUCAAUACGAUGUUUUUCCACAUUGAUAUAAUGAGUAAUAUUUACAUUUGAUAAAUUCUUUCGAGAAACACGUGUGUCAAGAAUUAUUAAUGCAAAUAAAGUUUGAGAUAUUUCGAGACGUUGCUGGAUAUGGAACGUAAUUAAUCCAGCUUUCAGCAAAGAAUUUCAAAAUUAACGAAAAAGUUAAUGAUAACGAGAAAAGAAAGAAAAACUCAAUAAAAGAAGAAAAAUAACCAUUAAAUCUAUAAAAUGACACAAAUCGAAGAGAAUCUAGUCAAUGGAACUUGUUCUCUAAAGGAAAACGAAAUUGUACUUGAUGAAAAUGAAGAUGAUGAAUUUACAGAUUAUUUUCCAAAAGACAGUGCCAAUGAUUUGGAAUUAAGUAAGGAGAAUGUGGAAUAUACUCCAAGAAUUAAAUGGCCCGAUCUUGCAGCCCAAAUGUUCAUCCAUUUUGGUUGUGUUUAUGGAUUUUAUCUUUGUCUUACACAAGCAAAGGCUCUCACAUCACUUUGGGCUUUCGUAACGAUUUACACCUCUGGCUUUGGUAUCACCGCUGGUGUUCACAGACUUUGGUCCCAUCGAGCUUAUAAGGCAAAAUGGCCAUUAAGACUGUUGUUGGCAUUUCUCUUUACAAUAACCGGGCAGAGAGAUGUACAUACAUGGGUUUUAGACCAUAGAAUUCAUCAUAAAUACAGUGAAACUGAUGCAGAUCCACAUAACGUUAAGAGAGGAUUUUUCUUUGCCCAUGUGGGUUGGCUCUUCACCACUCCACAUCCAAGUGUUAUCGCCAAACGAAAAAUAGUCGACAUGCGGGAUUUAGAAAGUGAUCCAAUUGUCAUGUGGCAAAAAACACUGUAUAUUCCUCUCUUCGCUUUACUGGCUAUUGCACUUCCAGUAUGGGUGCCUUAUUAUUUUUGGAAUGAAACUCUGUGGAAUUCAUUCUGGGUAAACUUCAACUUCCGCUUUUCCAUUACAUUGAAUAUCGCUUUUUUUGUCAAUAGCGUUGCACAUUUGUGGGGACAACGACCUUACGACAAAAAUAUUUCUCCCGUCGAGAAUAUUGCAGUAUCGCUAGCAGCACUUGGUGAAGGUUGGCACAAUUAUCACCAUGUCUUUCCCUUCGACUAUAAAACUGGUGAACUUGGUAAUUAUUCCUUCAAUUGGACGACGGGUUUUAUCGAUUUCUUCGAAAAAAUCGGUUGGGCCUACGAUCUCAAGAGUGUCUCGCCAGAAAUGGUGAAACGAAGAGCAGAUAAAUGUGGCGAUGGCAGUCACGAGAGUCAAAUAUGGGGUUUUGGUGAUCGUGACAUGCCAAAGGAAGACUUUUGCGAACUCAAAAAGAUGGAAAGAAAAAAUAAUUAAACUCAGAGACUGAUUAUUAUGUAUUAGAAACAAAAAACGUCCAAUGUUCUUGCGACUUGAAAACUACUUUUAGUAGUUAGUCUUCUUCUGUUUUAAAAAAAUGAACCUCAGCAAUUUUGUCUUUGGUUAUUUGUCAAGAUUUAUGUCAUGAAUGUUUAUUUUGUGAUAUUUACGGUCAGUAUAUGAUUUAUCUAUUUUAUUAUUUUUUUUUGCUAAUUUUUAAUUUACAUAAUAGAUUUAUUAAGUUCGUUAGCUAAAUGUUCCAUAUUUUCUUCCAUAUAUUUUGUCUAUAAGAAUAGAAAUUUACAAAUUUUUGGAAAAAUUUUACAUCUUUGGAUUUUUAGCCAAAUUUUUACAACUUCGCGCCUACUUCAAGUUUGUGAAAUAGAUAUAUUAAAACAAUAUCAACUUUAUGCAUACAAAAUAAUUACCAAAUGGAAAACAAUUAUUUGAGACUUUUCAUAUUUGUUUGUAUAGAAUUAUUUUCAUGUUUUCUAAAGUUUUGAAAAUUUAUGAAAACAGAAGAAAAUGAUUUUAUUUUUUUUGAGAAAGGGAAAAAAAGAACAAAAAUAAAAAAAAAUUGUUCCUUAAAACGUUUAAAAUUUCAAGUAAUAUAUAAUUUCGUGUGCCUUAUGAAUAUUAAUUUUAAUGUAACACUGAUUAAUAUUCCUCAAGUGCCGUUGAAUUUCUUUAAAUAUUUUAUCACACAAAUUUUUACGAAUGAGAAAGAGAUUAUUGGCGAUGUACAAAUGAAGUGAUAUUUUCACUUUAUGAACUUCACCUCUAGUUAUAUGUAUAUAUAUAUAUAAAUUAAAGUUUAUGAAGUUGAAGAAUAUUUUUUGAACGUUUACAUUUCUUAAUACAAAUGUCAAAGUUUAUAGUCGAUUAUUUUAUAUUUUCAAAUAUAUCGUUGAUUCUACUAUAUAGAAAUUACCUAAUAGCAAUUAUGUUAAAAAACCUUAUGUCAAAUUUUCAUGCUCAAUAUAAAAACCAAUAAUAAUGUGCAUGUGAAUUUAAAAAAAGGUACAAUAUAUACUUCUAGUUUGAAAGUUGAAAGAGUAAUUUGUAAACUUAAGUAGAAAUUAUGUUAACAGGAAACUUAAAAAUAAAAAUGAAUAUUUAAAAAAUAGAAACA